AUGGCCAGAGGAGGAGCACCUGAUCUGGAGCCGUCGGCUGUCGCCAAGGUGUUUUCAGCUGGAACAGCUGGAUGCGUGGCUGACGUGACCACCUACCCACUGGACACGGCCAAAGUCCGACUACAGGUCCAAGGAGAAUCUAUGCCUUUAUCUAAAAGCCAAAAGGUUAAAUAUCGAGGUGUGUUUGGCACCAUCGUCACCAUCGUGAAGACCGAGGGGCCGAGGAAUCUGUACAAUGGGCUUCUGGCAGGACUGCAGCGACAGAUUUUCUUCGCCUCAAUCCGGAUCGGUUUAUACGACACCAUGAAGCAGCUGUACGCGCGCGGAUCAGAAAAUACUGGACUCGGGACUCGACUGCUGGCUGGCGGCACCACAGGGGCGUUGGCGGUGGCUUUCGCUCAGCCCACCGAUGUGGUGAAAGUCAGGUUUCAGGCUCAGAUCCAGCUGCCUGACAACAGCUCGCUGAAGAGAUACAGCAGCACUACCCAUGCCUACAGGAUCAUAGCCAAAAAUGAAGGCGUUAGAGGCCUCUGGAAAGGCUGUCUACUGAACAUAGCUCGUAACUCCAUGGUAAACUGCUCUGAGCUGGUUACAUAUGACGUCAUCAAAGAGCUCAUCCUGAAGAACCACCUGAUGACAGACAACAUGCCGUGUCACUUCACCGCAGCCUUUGCCGGAGGAUUCUGCACCACCUUUGUAACGUCUCUGGUGGACGUGGUGAAAACCCGCUUCAUGAACUCAGUACCAGGGCAGUACGGCGGUGCUGUAAACUGUGCCCUCACCAUGAUGAUUAACGAAGGACCCUCAUCUUUUUAUAAAGGCUUCAUGGCUUCGUUUCUUCGUAUGGUCUCCUGGAACAUUGUGAUGUUUGUGAGCUACGAGCAGAUUAAGAGGGCUGUGGUGAGACUUCAGCAUCGCCGAGAGUCUCGAUUCAGGCCCGCUCGUUGA